GAAUCGUUCAGGCCAGAAACCUUGGCGCAGCCUCCUCACCCUUCAUUUCUGCACACGGGAUUCUAUUUGCUCUUCUCGGGAAACUGCCUAGCAUCCUGGGACUGCCCCUUCCCUGCGACCGUUCUGGUCCAAGCCGCCAGCGCCUCCCGCCUGGAUCCCGCCAGCGCCUCCCGCCUGGAUCGCUGGUGUCCUCUGCUAUUGGAAUAGAAGAUGAACAAACCCAUAACAUCUUCCACAUAUGUGCGCUGCCUCAAUCUUGGACUAAUUAGGAAGCUGUCAGAUUUUAUUGAUCCUCAAGAAGGAUGGAAGAAGUUAGCGGUAGCUAUUAAAAAACCAUCUGGUGAUGAUAGAUACAAUCAGUUUCACAUAAGGAGAUUUGAAGCAUUACUUCAAACUGGAAAAAGCCCCACUUGUGAAUUACUGUUUGACUGGGGCACCACAAAUUGUACAGUUGGUGAUCUUGUGGAUCUUUUGAUUCAAAAUGAGUUUUUUGCCGCAGCAAGUCUUUUGCUACCAGAUGCUGUUCCCAAAACAGUUAAUAUACUACCUUCUAAUGAAGCUGUAACAGUUCAGCAGAAACAGUUGCCUCUCUGUGGCAAAGACAGGACAUUUGUGGUACCUGUGCAGAAUCUUGAACAAAAUUUUAUGCCACCUGACUCCUCAAGUCCAGAAAAUCCAAGUUUAGAAGGUAGUGAUACACGUUUUCACAAUUUUUCAUUUUAUGAAUUGAAGAAUGUCACAAAUAAUUUUGAUGAGAGACCCAUUUCUCUCGGUGGCAACAAGAUGGGAGAGGGAGGAUUUGGAGUUGUAUAUAAAGGCUUCGUGAACAACAAAACUGUAGCAGUGAAGAAACUUGCAGCGAUGGUUGACAUUAGUACUGAAGAACUGAGACAGCAGUUUGAUCAAGAAAUAAAAGUUAUGGCAAAGUGUCAACAUGAGAACUUAGUAGAACUGCUUGGUUUCUCAAGUGAUGGAGAUGACCUCUGCUUAGUCUAUGUUUAUAUGCCCAAUGGCUCAUUGCUAGACAGGCUGUCUUGCUUGGAUGAUACUCCACCACUCCCUUGGCAUAUGAGAUGCAAGAUUGCUCAAGAUGCAGCUAAUGGCAUCAGCUUUUUACAUGAAAACCAUCAUAUUCAUAGAGACAUUAAAAGUGCAAAUAUCUUACUAGAUAAAGACUUCACAGCCAAAAUAUCUGACUUUGGGCUUGCACGGGCUUCUGAGAAGUUUUCCCAGACAGUCAUGACUAGCAGAAUUGUGGGAACAACAGCUUAUAUGGCACCUGAGGCUCUCCGAGGAGAAAUAACACCCAAAUCUGAUAUCUAUAGCUUUGGUGUGGUUUUAUUAGAAAUAAUAACUGGACUUCCAGCUGUAGAUGAACACCGUGAACCUCAGUUAUUGCUAGAUAUUAAAGAAGAAAUUGAAGAUGAAGAAAAGACAAUUGAAGACUAUGUUGAUACAAAGAUGAAUGACACUGAUCCCGCUUCCAUUGAAGCUAUGUACUGCAUUGCUAGUCAAUGCUUGCAUGAAAAGAAAAACAAGAGACCAGACAUUAAGAAGGUUCAACAGCUGCUACAAGACAUGACAGCUUCUUAAAAUUUUACUGGAAUAAACUCUUGGGUUUUUUUGGUUUUUUUUGUAUACACCUGUCUAAAACAUUUUUUAAACUAAAAUUUUGUUUUUGUAAACAUUCUUUUUUACCUUUAACCAGGCAGCAUGGAGCAGUUUAGUGGCUACUAAAGCUUGUAUAGAACCCCCAACAAAUAUACAAGCAAAAGUAGAGCCAGAUAUCAAUCCUAAGCCCUAGCUUUUUAGUGUCACCCUCAGUCCUUGAGUAAUCCCUCAGACCUCUCCUCGGAACCUCACCAAACAUGGUUUCAAAACUACAGAAUUAGCAACAAGGACGACUGGACCAUAGGGUGAAAAGACCCUAGGCCAAAGCCCAGUUCUGCUGCUAAUUUGCUGGAGCGCUUUGGGCAAUCCCUUCAUGGCUUUGAGCCUUGGUUUUUUUUUUUUUUUUUCUUACUGGUAUCAUUAGGCUAAGAUCUGUUGUGCUUCCCUGACAGGUAGUCAUGAAAAUCAAAUGAGGCAGCAUAUGUGCAUGCACUUUGUAACAUGUAAAGUGAUAUAAAAUUUGAAGUUUAUAUACAAUCCAAUUAUAGUCAUUUGUUUAUAGGAUCAUGUUCAGAGUGUGCUAUUUUAAGUAAUCAUUCACCACUAACCAAACAUGCCCUGAUGUUACUUCCAUGAUGGUAUGGUCAACAUUAGAUUAUGUUACCUGGCAAAAAUGAAGGAAUUUUGCAGAUGCUGUUAAGGUGCCUAAUCUUCUGACUUUAAGUAUCAACAUAGAGACUCUGCUGGGUGGGGCUGACCUAAUAAGGUGAGUUCUUAUAAGAAGCCUGAGAGAUUAUCCCAUGGGCCUUGAAGAAGUAAGCUACCAUUUGUAAGAAGGCCACACUGGCUAAGCCCUCAGGAUGGCCUUCUAGGCUGAGAGCUACCUUCCAGCUAUUAGCCAGCAAUAAAAAAAAACUAAGACUUGGGUUGUAUAACCACAAGAAACUGAAUUCUUCUAGAAAAAAUAACUGUUUUUCUUCCCAUAUUUCUGACCUACUGGCUUGCUUGCUAGCCAACUAAAAAUUUUAGAUUUUCCUCAAUAUGUUCUAUGAUAAUCAAGCAGGUAAAAGGAACAAUUAAAUGUUUUGCCUUAUUUCUCUGAUAUAUAAUUAAGAGAAAUAUAAGGGCACAUUUUAAAGUAUUAUUGCCAUAUCCACUUUUUGGUCCUAUAGCUGUAUAAAAUGGCCAUACAUCUCAGGGAUCUGUAGUCCUUUUUAUUCACUUUUAAAACACAGCAUAUCUCAGAGAUAUGGACAGUUCAAUUCCAGACCACCACAAUAAAUUGAGUAUCACAAUGAAGUGAGCCACAUAAAUUUUUUGGUUUGUCAAUGCAUAUAAAACUUGUGUUUACACUACACUGUAGUCUAUUAACUAUGCCAUAGCAUAUGUUUAAAAAAGUAAUGUGCAUACCUUAAUUUAAAAAUACUUUGCUACUAGAAAAUGCUAUCAUCUGAGCUCACAGGGAGCUUUUUGCUGGUGAAGGGUCUCGCCUCCACCUUGAUGGCUGCUGACUGGUCAGGGCAGUGGUUGCUGAAGACUUGGGUGGCUGUGGCAACUUCUUAAAAUGAAGUUUGUCCCAUCAAGUGACUCUUCCUUUCACAAUCUCCAUGUAGCAUGCAAUGCUGCUUGAUAGCAUUUAGCUACAGUAGAACUUUUUUCAAAAUUUGAGUCAGUCUUUUCAUACCCUGCCACUCCUUUAUCAACUAAGUUGAUGCAGUAUUCUAAAUGUUAUAUUAUUAUUUCAACAAUCUUCACAGCGUUUUCACCAGGAGUAGAUUCCUUCUCAAGAAACUACUUUCUCUGCUCAUCCCUAUGAAGCAACUCUCGUUUGGUAAAGUUUUAUCAUGAGAUUGCAGAAAUUUAGUCACGACUUAAGACUCUACUUCUAAUUCUAGUUUUCUUGCUCUUUCUACCACAUCUGUAAUUACUUCCUCCACUGAAGUUUUAAACCCCCCAAAAUCAUCUAUGAGUGUUGGAAUCAACUUUCUUCCUAUCAGCAAUAAGACUGUUUCCCUUUCUUAUCAUUCAUGUGUUCACUAGAGUAGAACUUUAAAUUUCCUUCAAGAAAUUAUCCUUGGGGUGCCUGAGUGGCUCAGUGGGUUAAGCCUCUACCUUUGGUUCAUAUCAUGAUCUCAGGGUCCUGGGAUUGAGCCCCACAUCGGGCUCUCUGCUCAGGGGGAGCCUGCUUCCCCUUCUCUCUCUGCCUGCCUCUUUGCCUACUUGUGAUCUCUCACUUUGUCAAAUAAAUAUAUAAAAUCUUAAAAAAAAAUUAUUCUUUGCAUUCACAACUUAGCUAACUGUUUGGUGCAAGAGUUCUAGCUUUUGGUCUGUAUCAGCUUUUGACAUGUCUUCCUCACUAUACUUAAUCAUUUCUGUCCUUUGAUUUAAAAUGAAAGAUGUGGGCGCCUGGGUGGCUCAGUGGGUCCUCUGCCUUCGGCUCAGGUCAUGAUCUCAGGGUCCUGGGAUCGAGCCCCAUAUCGGGCUGUCUGCUUGGCGGGGAGCCUGCUUCCUCCUCUCUCUUUGUCUGCCUCUCUGCCUGCUUGUGAUCUCUGUCUGUCAAAUAAAUAAAUAAAAUAUUUUAAAAAAAUAAAAUAAAAUGAAAGAUGUGACACUUCCUUUCACCUGAACACUUAGAGGCCAUUGUAGGGUUAUUAAUUUUAUCAUUGUGUCUCAGGGAUUAGGGAGGCCCAAGGAGAAGAAGAGAGAUAGGCAAACAGUAGGUCAGUAGAACAGUGAGAGCAUACACAACAUUUACCAAUAAGUUCACCAUCUUGUAUGGGCACUGUACUUGGUGUUGGUGCCUCAAAACAAUGACAAUUGUAAAAGCAAAGGUCACUGACCACAGAUCACCAUAACAAAUAUGCUAAUAACAGUUUGAAAUAUUUCAAGAAUUACCAAAAUGUGGCACAGAGACACAAAGUGAAGAAAUUAUUUUGGAAAAAUGGUGCUGAUAGACUUGUUCAACCCAGGGUUACCAUAAAUCUUCAGUUUAUAAAAGCUGCAGGAUCUGCAAAGUGAAAUAAAAUUAUUUAUGCCUAUAAGUAUGUAUUUUAUUUUUUCCACUUUACUGUGGUAUCAUUGACAAAAUUAUAUAUAAGUCAGGUGUUCAAUGUGAUGUUUUGAUAUAUAUGUAUAUAUAUAUUGUGAAAUGAUUGCCACAAGCUAAUUAACACAGUCAGCACUUCAUGUAGUUACCUUUUUUGACUUUUUUGGUGUGGUGAGCACAUUUAAGAUCUAUUUUCUUAACAAAUUUCAGUAUACAAUACAGUAUUAUUAAGUAUAGUCAUCAACCUACACAUGAGAUCCCCAGAAGUUAUCAUUUCAUAACUAAAAGUUUUUAUUCUUUGACCAACCUCUGCCCCUACUUCUUUAACGUCUGUACUAUGCCACUGUAAGAAUGGACACGGAUAGAAAUGGCUUUUCAACCAUUCAAAUUCUAAUGUCUAGAAAUGAUCAAUAUGGAGACAAUAACAAUGAAUCUCCAAAAUUAAUGCUAAGAUUUCAUUCCUUUAAUGAAAUUAGGAAAAAAUUAUCUCUUGAAAUACUCUGACCUAAAACAAUAAUUAACAAAUAAAAUUUUUAAAAAACAAAAUUAAUUCAACAAAUAUUCAUUGAUUGUUUUCAAUUGUCCAGACUCAUAAAAGCAAUGAACAUAUAAUAACGAAUAAUACAAAGUCCUUGUUUUUUAGGAGUUUGUUCUCAGGAGAAAGUCUCUGUUAGAUGGAGAUGAGACACUGAGAUGAUAAUUUACAAGUAAAUAAAACAAAAUCAGGUAGUGAGAAGUAUAAAGGAAACAUUAAAACUAUAUAUUGUAAUAGAUUUCCUUGGCUAAGCAGCUUUAACAACACCCAAGCUCAAACAAACAAAACCUACCAGUGUAUAGUCUCAGAAAUGAUAAACCUGUAUUGUAACUCAGAGAGGAAAUAAAAAAUCUAAACUGAAUCAAGUUUUGUGUGUUUGUGUUAUCAGAGCCCUUAGGUUAGCAAUGAUCCAAGAAUAAGACUUUGUCACAAAAUCUCUACUACUAUCCUGGGGCAAGGAGUAUUGUCUUUCAGAUUAUGUCAGGUGUUUUCCUUUACUAGGCUGUUUACGCAUCAGGGUAAUUUGUUGAAGAUAGUUAUUGAGGUUAUCUAACUAUAUGUCUGCUUGCAUUAACUCCAUACUUAUCUAGCAGUCUUUCCUUUUAAUUUCCUUUUGAUUUCCUGCCUGGAUUUGCCUUUUGGAAGAUAGUGUACAAUGAUAAAACUAUUACAAUCUACAUACAGUUUCUGUUGCAGAAUGUCUUUUAUGAUUAGUAAAAUCACAUUCUAGUUUAUACUUAAGUCUUUUGAAAGUUUAGGUAGCAUGAAUUAAAUCAUUAUUGAUCAUCUCAGGCUGACCUGCAAUUCUGAAAUUUAAACCUAAGACUUUGAGUGACCCUUUCUCCUACUAUAGCCAUUCUAUAAGCAGAUGGUGUCUAAACCUCCUUUUAGAAUUAUAAAGUAGCAACAAUCCAGCAAUUAUACUACUAGGUACCCAAAGAGUACAAAAAUACUAAUUCAAAGGAAUACAUGCUCCCCAAUGUUUAUAGCAGCAUCACCUAUAAUAGACAAAAUAUGGCAACAGCCCAAAGUCUAUCAACUGAUGAACAGAUAAAGAAGAUGUGAUAUAUAUACAAUGGAAUAUUACUCAGCCAUCAUAAAGAAUGAGAUCUUGCCAUUUGCAACAAUGUUGAUAGAACCAGAGUAUAUUCACUAAAGCAAAAUAAGUCAGAAAAACAAAUACCAUAUGGAUUUCACUCAUAUGUGGAAUUUAAGAAACAGAGGAAAAGAAGAGAAAGAAGCAAACUAAGAAACAGAAUCUUAAAUGUAGAGUCUGUUAGGGAAGUGGAUGGGGGGAUGGCUUAAAUAGGUGGUGGGGAUUAAGGAGUGUACUUGUUUUGAUGAGAACCAAGUGUUAUAUAAGUAUGUUAUUUAAGUGAUGAAUCAUGCUUGUACACCCAAAACUAAUAUUACACUAUGCUAACUAACUGGAAUUUAAUUAAAAAUUUUUUUUAAAUGUAA